CCAGUUGUCAUGAUAAUAAUGAAAAUCACAUGACACAGUAUUCUAUUUUUAGCAGCUUAUCUGUUUAUUUUCUCCACCCUGUGCCUUGUAGAUACAUGAUAUCGUAUAUGUUAUCAUAAAUGCGUAUGUUUUGCAGACGGUAGGUUGCCACUGUUUAUUUCGGAAAAAGCUACGCUUUGAUAAUUGGAACAUUUGCUUCCUGCAUUUUGAAACAUCCAUAUGCUUUCUGCAGAAUACGGCCAUUUUUGGUGAAAUACCAGAAUGGCGACUCGAAUCAACGACCUGCUGUCACAGAAUCUUCAGUGCCCCAUAUGCCUGAACAUCUACAAGGAACCAACGCUGCUGGCCUGCUCGCACACCUUCUGUAAGGGAUGCCUUUCUCGACUUUUCAAGUCUCAGCAAGAAAGCGCUAAGAUCUCCUGCCCAGUCUGUCGCAAGUCCACGGCUGUCCCAAGUAGAGAUGUCAGCAACCUUCAAAUCAAUAUUCCUAUACAGGCUAUGGUCGAGGAUAUCAAGAACCAGAGUCAGAUCUGCACCAUCUGCAAGGACAAGCCCCUAGCUGCUACCUACUGCCAAGAGUGCGACGACUUCAUGUGCGUCGACUGCUACAAGACCCACGCCAAGUGGGACAAGUUCUCCGGUCACGAUGUGGUCAAGGUGGAUGACAUCAUCUCGGGCAAGAUCACGACCAAACAUCGACGAAAGUGCAAGAAGCAUCGGUCGGAGGUUGAAGAAUGUUUCUGCGUCGAAUGUAAGAAGUAUGUCUGCUUCCGAUGCGGUAUGAUGGAGCACACUAAGGCUGGCCACAACAUCCUGGAGGGAAUGGAACAUGAAGAUCAGCAGAAGGAGAAGAUCCAUGAGUUACAAAACAAGGUUGAUGUCAAGAAAGGCAAGGUGGACGACUACAUCAGCUUCAUUGAGAAACAACAAGCAAAGCUGCAUAUCGUCCAGGAGCAGCUGACCGACGAAAUCAGCCAGACGUGCGAGGAAUCGAUCCAGCAACUGAAAGAGAGGAGGGACAUUCUCGUCGAGGAUUGUAAGAGCCGUUUGAAUGAAAUGAAUAAAGAACUUCAGGGCAUGAAAGAUGAGAAUAAGUUAGAGAUGGGUCAGAUUGAAGAUGUGGGUGCUUUGGUUGGGAAUGGAGUGAAAGUACCUCUCGAAGGUGAGGCUCUUGCUGCCCAUGAAACCCUCUGCCAGGACCUGGAAGAGAUCCUUGCUAAGGGUGAUCCUGAUUACAGCAAGCCUAGGGAUACUACCAAGCAAGGCCAUAAGGUGACCUUUCAGCGUGUACGCUGCCAACAAGCAGGCCAAAACGAGCUUGAUCUGGGCAAGAUUGAAGAAGCUGAAUGGAGUCUAAAGAAGUCAACUGACUUUCCUGUCAAGGAUGCGAUCAACUGUAUGGCAUCUAUGCCAGAUGGUAGAAUAGCCGUAGGUUCCCGCUUUGGUGGACUUGUUCUGGUAUCUUCGACUGGCUGCAUGCAGUCGACUGUCAUGAAGGAUGUUGCCAUUAGACAAGUCGUAUUUUUCCCAGAUGGGAAUGUCGUUGUCAGGGAUAUCCACAACAAGAUCUCCAUGUACUCGAAGUCAUUCGUAAAUCUCGAUGUAUCUUUUGGCCAGAGUUUCAGUAGUGAUAAAGGUGGGUUUGGUGGUCUGGAGGUUGAUACGAAAGACAACACCAUCCUCUGCAGCUUCACUAAGGUGAAGAAGUUGUUGAUGUACAAGGCGAUGGGUGGGAAUCCAGUGAACAAGAUUCAAUACAACUUUGAGCCUCAUCAGAUCUUUACUCUGCGUUCAGGAAGAGUCCUGGUAAUGAUCAAUGAUUUCACUGUUGGUGUUCUGGAUGCAACAAAAAGCACCAUUGAAUUUCGGGUGACCAAGGACGGGAGCUACGCGAGCCCCGCUGUGUGCUUGGAUGGGUCUGUUCUCAUUGCUUGGGUUGAUCAUACCAAGGGGUUCGUUUCCAUAGAGCAGUACUCACGUGAACUCCAUCCGAUUCGGUCCUUGAUAAGAAAUGUCAAGAUUGCAGUUCCUCAGCACCCUUACUACCAUCUUCGUGAGUUCUUGACAGGGGAACUUGCCUUCUGUACUCCUGAUCAUUUGUACAUUUUCAAAAAGACCAUUUCGGCUUGAUUUCGCAGUGGCUUGAUCUGAUUAAUUCCAGAGUGACCACUGAUGAGGCCCCUUUUGAAUACUAGUGCGACUGUCGAAGCAUGAUCUACCAUAGAUAUAUUCCCUCUAUUAUUAUGCUUUCCCUGUGAUGCGCUGUCUUAUGUUGAAAGAUUGUCGUUCUUUUCUAUAGAAUUAAACCUCGUGUCCUCUGCAAACCAUACCCUGUCAAUCAGGUCUACUUCUUUCGUCUACUUUUCGUUGUACCGGUUUGAAACCACUUUCAGGAAAUGUUUCCUGUCUCUCAUUGGCAGGGGAAUUUAGUUCUCUCUUAUGGGUUCAGCGGUGUAUAUUUCUUUCGAUAUGGAAAGAAAUCAUACGGAAAGACUUAUACCUAUUCUCAAAGAAUGUCUAUCUGUUUAUGAUUGUUAUCGCUAAUUUGUCGUGACUAGUUCGAGGCCCGGCCCCCACUCAGGGGUCGGAAUGACCGCAUGCGUGUUGCCAAAAUGUCCGGUAAAGGGGU